AUGAUCCGGGCCUUCUCGUUCCCGGUGAGCCCCGAGCGGGGCCGGCUGCGGGGCUGGCUGGAGGGCAGCCUGGCCGGGCUCUGCGAGUUGCAUUGGCUUCGGGAGAGGCAAGAGUACCGCGUGCGGCAGGCGCUGCGGCUGGCCCAGCCCGGAAUGGGGGGCGCCGAGGCCGACGACCAGGAGGACGCCGACGAGGACGAAGAUGCGGCGGCGGCGCGCCGGGCCGCAGCCGCCCUGGAGGAGCAGCUGGAGGCCCUGCCCGGCCUCAUCUGGGACCUGGGACAGCAGCUGGGAGACUUGAGCUUGGAGUCUGGGGGCCUGGAGCAGGAGAGCGGGCGCAGCUCAGGCUUCUAUGAAGACCCCGGCUCCACAGCAGGUGCAGACUCUCCCACAUCCACCUUCUGUGGGGACAGUGGCUUCUCCGGCUCCAGCUCCUACGGGCGCUUGGGGCCCUCAGAGCCCCGGGGCAUCUAUGCCAGCGAGAGGCCCAAGUCCCUAGGAGAUGCCAGUCCCAGUGCUCCAGAGGCGGUGGGCGUGCGGGCAGCUGUGCCGCGUUCCUUCUCGGCGCCCUAUCCGACAGCAGCCGGGCCCACAGGCCCCGAAGCCUGCUCAUCCGCUGAGCGGAGGGCCCGCGCCGGGCCCUUCCUGACACCCAGCCCUCUGCACGCCGUGGCGCUGCGGAGCCCGCGACCCUGCGCCCGUCCCCCCACGGCCGACUCACCCGAUGCGGUGGUGGGCGCGGGACGACCCCUGGACGGCUACAUCUCGGCGCUCCUGCGCAGGCGCCGCCGCCGGGGGGCGGGCCAGCCCCGGACCAGCCCCGGGGGCGCGGACGGGGGCCCACGGCGGCAGAACAGUGUGCGCCAGCGGCCGCCCGACGCGUCCCCGCCCCCCGGAGGCGCGCGACCCGCGCCUGAGCCUCCAGUGGAGCGCGUCGGGGGCCGUCCCACCAGCCCUGCCGCAGCCUUGAGUCGAGCCUGGGCCUCUCAGUGGGAGUCGGAGGCGGCGCCCGAGCCAGCAGGGCCGCCUGCUGUCUCCUCGCCCCCCGACAGCCCGGCGGAGGGCCGCCUCGUGAAGGCGCAAUACAUCCCUGGUGCCCAAGCUGCCACCCGUGGCCUGCCGGGGCGCGCAGCCCGUCGCAAAGCGCCGCCGCUGACUCGUGGUCGCAGCGUCGAGCAGUCACCGCCCCGAGAGCGUCCCCGGGCCACGGGCCGCCGUGGACGCAUGACCGAGGCCUCUUCAGGCCGCCGGGGCUCGCCCAGGGCGCGUAAAGCUGCGCGCUCUCAGUCGGAAACCAGCCUGCUGGGCCGUGCUGCCGCCGUGCCUACGGGGCCCCCCAAGUACCCGACAGCCGAACGAGAGGAGCCUCGGCCGCCAAGGCCCCGUCGCGGCCCGGCGCCCACACUUGCGGCCCAGGCCGCAGGCUCCUGCCGUCGCUGGCGCUCCACCGCCGAGAUCGACGCCGCGGAUGGACGCCGCGGUCGGCCUCGGGCACCCACGGCACGCGGCCCGGUGCCCGGCCCUUCGCCGUCGGCCCCUCAGCGUCGCCUGCUCUAUGGCUGUGCGGGCAGCGACUCGGAGUGCUCGGCGGGACGCCUGGGGCCGCUGGGCCGACGCGGGCCCACAGGAGGCGCCGGUGGCGGCUACGGGGAGAGUGAGUCGAGCGCCAGCGAGGGCGAGUCGCCUGCCUUCAGCUCGGCCUCCAGCGACUCGGACGGCAGCGGUGGCCUCGUGUGGCCCCAGCAGCUGGUGGCGGCCACGGCUGCCUCUGGGGCUGCGGGCGGAGCCGGUGGAGGGGCGCCCGCCGGCCCCGCCAAAGUCUUUGUGAAGAUCAAGGCUUCCCACGCGCUGAAGAAAAAGAUCCUGCGUUUCCGUUCAGGGUCCCUCAAGGUCAUGACUACAGUGUGAGUUUGGAGAGAGGAGUGGUGAGGUCUUAGCCUGGGGCUCCCCCUUCGUGGUCUCUGCACCUUCACGCUCCCCGACCCUUCCACGUGAACCUUCCAAAGACCACCGCUUUCCAAAGACCCUCCUCACCGCCCCCACCCCUUGUCAAUCACGUCUGAG